AUGACAGGAGUGACAUGGAGUGGCGAAAAGGACGACAUCAGUCUAUACGGAACGCCUAAAGAGGAAAUGCUUCCCGGAUUGGCUGAGGCCAAAGUGCCCUCUUUCAUGAGGAGUCAAAUUGAAGCUCUCUUUCAGCCCUCGGAUAACAAGUUGGCGAUGAAAUUGUUUGGCAGCAAAAAAGCACUUAUGAAUGAAAGGCUGCGACAAAAGGAAUCGGGUCUUUUAAUAAUACACCCGUGCAGUACAUUUAGGUUUUACUGGGACCUAUGCAUGCUAUUACUACUGGUGGCCAACCUUAUUGUACUGCCGGUCGCCAUCUCUUUCUUCAACGACGACCUGUCGACGCGUUGGAUAGCAUUCAACUGUCUCUCGGAUACCGUCUUUUUAUUAGAUAUUGCCGUCAAUUUCAGAACAGGUAUUAUGAAUCCAGAAUUGCCCGAACAGGUGAUAUUAGAUCCGCGGCAAAUAGCCAGGUGUUACUUGAGGUCGUGGUUUUUCCUGGACCUGAUCAGUUCAAUUCCAUUGGACUAUAUAUUCCUGAUCUUUAAUCAAGACAUUAGCGACAACUUCCAGAUACUACACGCCGGACGUGCGCUCAGGAUAUUAAGGUUCGCCAAAAUGCUG